AUGUAUCGCCAGAGGUUUUUGUCGGCUAAAGAAGUAGAAGAUUUGUUAAUGAAUCCAAGUUCAGACGAAGAUGAUGAAUUGAACCAGAAAGUAGAUAAAGCUAUUGAAACAAACGUGAUUAUUUUGCCUCCAAAAAAUGAUGCUUUGAGUGACCAUGAAGAAAUUGAUGAUAACGUCCAAUUAUUGGAAGACGUGAACAUAUUGCCAAAUGAACUAGCCGGUGAAUUAGAGCUGGAAUGCAUAUUAGACGAUCUACAAUGUGAGCCAAAUGAUUCAGAAAAUGCAUCAACAUCACAAAAUAUUGCAUCAACUUCUAAAAAGGAAUCGACGUCUUUUCAAUAUAAAUUACCAAAGUGGUCAAAGAACUAUCGAGUUGGCUUUUCAAAUACUCCAAAAGACGUAUCAAGUGAAAAGAUUCAAGCGAUCUAUAACAAAAUAGGCAGUUUCAAUCCUCUUCAAAUUUUCGAAUUAUUUCUUGAAAAUGAGAUUAUCAAUUUCAUUGUUGAAAGCACCAAUACGUAUGCUAAUGCGGAUAGAAAUAAUUUAACAUUCAAGACAAAUUUCAAUGAAAUCCGUACAUUUAUUGGAAUAAUGUAUUUUUCUGGAUUGCAUACAGUUCCACAGUUGGAUUUAUAUUGGUCCAAUCAACCAGUCUUUCGCUGCAAUAUAAUAAAAGAAGCCAUGAGCCGAGACCGCUUCAAACUUAUCAAAUCGUUCUUACAUGCCUGUGAUAACAGUACAAUUGAUCCCAGCGACAAUUCGGAGUAUUUUCCCAUCACCUUUCAAUAG